AUGGUCGGAACUCUUAUUCUCACGCGUCACGGUCAAUCAGAAUGGAACAAGCUGAACCUUUUCACUGGUUGGAAGGAUCCCGCUCUCACGGAGCUCGGUGAAGCGGAGGCCCUGAAGGGUGCUGAGGAGCUCAAGAAAGCUGGCUACACCAAGUUUGACCAAGCUUUUACGUCAGACUUGCAGCGUGCUCAGAAGACGCUCCAGAUUCAGCUCAAAGCCAUUGGUCAGGAGGGCAUUUCUAUCACCAAGGAUCAGGCCUUGAACGAGCGUGACUACGGUGAGCUCACGGGUCUUAACAAGGAUGACGCCCGUAAGAAGUGGGGUGAGGAUCAGGUGCACAUCUGGCGCCGCUCGUUCGACGUGCCUCCACCAGGCGGUGAGUCGCUCAAGCUCACGGCCGACCGUGUGCUUCCAUACUACCGCGAGCACAUCCUGCCGCUUGUGAAGGCUGGCAAGUCGAUCCUCGUGACGGCCCAUGGCAACUCGCUCCGCUCUCUGAUUAUGGACCUGGAGCACAUGUCUGGUGAGGAGAUUGUUAAGACCGAGCUCGGUACCGGUGUGCCUAUUGUCUACAAGAUCGAUGAAGAAGGCAAGGUGCUCGACAAGCAGAUCCUCCAGUAA